CCAGCUUCCGGGAGCACCAGGUCAGGCCCACUCAGGAGAGCGGAGCCUGCCCCUGGCUGCCUUUCCUAGUCACCGGCCAGGUGGUCACUGACGGAGCCCCUGAAGGAAGAGCUUCAGAGCCAGAACUUUCUCGGAGAACUUCCUGGAGGUGGUGGCUGAAGAGGACUGUGAGAACCACCCUGGAGAGGGCAGCCACGUGGCCACACCGAUGACCAGCCAGGUGUCCCUGGAGGCCAGGCCUGGGCUGGGACAGGAGCUUCCUGACUGAGAGGAUGAGCACUGCCGUGGAGACCAUGGGCACAGCCAGUGCCCCCCUGCAGUCCGGGCCGCAGAUGUCCCCUGUGGGGAACAGCUCACAGGACACAACCCAGCUCUUCCUCACCUCGGCGCUGGCCCGCGGGCUGUCGGGCACAUUCGUGGGGGUGGCGCUGAUGCUCUCCUGCCACCAGAUCUACCUGCACCUGCGCUCCUACACGGUCCCGCACGAGCAGCGCUACAUCGUCCGCCUGCUCCUCAUCGUGCCCGUCUAUGCCUUCGACUCCUGGCUCAGCCUCCUCCUCCUGGGUGGCCACCAGUACUACGUCUACUUGGACUCCGUGCGGGACUGCUAUGAGGCCUUUGUCAUCUACAGCUUCCUGAGUCUCUGCUUCCAGUACCUGGGCGGCGAGAGCGCCAUCAUGGCAGAGAUCCGGGGAAAGCCCAUCCGGUCCAGCUGCGUCUACGGCACGUGCUGCCUGGGGGGGCUGUCCUACUCCAUUGGCUUCUUGCGCUUCUGUAAGCAGGCCACGCUGCAGUUCUGUGUGGUGAAGCCCGUCAUGGCUGUGGCCACCAUUGUCCUACAGGCGUUGGGCAGAUACCACGAUGGGGACUUCAGCAUCCACAGCGGCUACUUGUACGUCACCCUCACCUACAACGCGUCGGCCAGCCUGGCGCUGUACGCCCUACUCCUCUUCUACUUCACCACCCGGGAGCUGCUGCAGCCCUUCGAGCCAGUCCUCAAGUUCCUCACCAUCAAGGCCAUCGUCUUCCUGUCCUUCUGGCAGGGGAUGCUGCUGGCCAUCCUGGAGCGGUGCGGGGCCAUCCCUGAGGUGCAGGACGUGGACGGCAGCCGUGUGGGCGCCGGCACGCUGGCCGCCGGCUACCAGAACUUCCUCAUCUGCGUGGAGAUGGUGUUCGCGGCAGUGGCGCUGCGCCGCGCCUUCCCGUGCCAGGUGUACUCGGAGAAGAAGGACCCGCCAGCGCCUAUGCAGAGCAUCUCCAGUGGCCUCAAGGAGACGGUGAGCCCCCGUGACAUCGUGCACGACGUCAUCCACAACUUCUCCCCUGCCUACCAGCGCUACACGCAGCAGGCCACACACGAGGCGCCCGGCCAGAGCCCACGCUCUGUGUCCCGCAUGCCCCCUGGCUUGGCCAGCGGCCCUGGAAGGGGCAACACGGAGAAAAGAGAGCUGAUCCCCUCAGAGGAGCCAUAGGGGCCGGCCAGCCCGGAGGCUGCGGUGUGCUCUGCCCUG